GCAAAAGGCAAUUGUGUGUUCAACGAUUUGUGAAAUAGAGAUAUAAAUAUAUAUACUCAUUCUUGAGGUGUCUGGGAGGGGUAUCUGGGUAUCUGGGACGAAGGGGGGUGUUUCUGAUAGAUUUUGGGGUGUUCAACGGCAUCCAAAUAGAAAGAAUGGUUGAGUUGCAACAGAAGAAUGCGACUGCAGCGGCGAUUGCGGAGCAACUUGGAAAGUGGGUUUUGUUGGCUGAUAAAGAGCUCACUCACUCUGAGCUCUGUGUAUGUAUACUAUACGUUGGAACAAUAAAAUAAUAAUAAUACGGAGUAAUAAAUCAGUAAUAAUAGUAAUAAAUAAGUUAACUAAGUUAGUUAAAAUAAAUAUGUAUGACGUAAAGCAAUGUUUAUAAAAAGGGAGAUUUGUUUCUUCCUGUAGCUGAUAUCUUCUUCUCUUCCAAUUCUGUUUCCCUCUUUUUUACUCCUGUAACUAACUACAUAGAAGAAGAAGAAGCUGAUGACUACUAACUAGUUCUUGUAACAAGAGAUAUCAACUAUCUCUCUUCCUUCCAUCCACCUAUAUUAGUAGUUUGCGUUAUUCGUUAUUCUGCAAACAACCAACCAACCAACCAACCCCCCUUGUCCGCCCUUGUUCGAGCAAAAAACGAACUAUCACAAGCUAACCAAGAACGAGAUAGAAAGGAAAAGAAAAGAAGAAAAAAAGAAAAGAAAAAGAAAAGAAAAGAAAACAAUACAAUACAGAGACAGACCCCUAACCCGGGACCUCAGCAUUGUUCCCAGUGAGCUCUCUCCCAUCCCAUCCCUAGCACACGAGGCUUGCCGUUGUUCUUUGUUUCCUGGCUGGUUGGGAAUUGUGUAACUACGCCAACACAUCUCCGGCCGCCUCCAAGAUUCAACCAACGUGCCAUUUAAUAUUAAUAUUAUUUAAUAUUAUUAUUGGAUUGGGAACGUAAGAAUAACCCAGAAGCUUGCUGGCUGAGGGAUAAGUUACCUCACACCUCUUUUCUUUUCCUCCCUCUGCUCUACUUCUUCUCCAUCUUCUUUUUUCCGCCACCAGUUCUUUUAUCACCUCUGCAACCGUGGCCUCGCUACAAGGUCAACAGCAACAACCCACCACCAAAAUGGCGAACUCUCUCGAUCACCUCACGAGUAGAAGCAAGCUGGAAUGGAUGUCCAAGCUGCAGUGUGACUACACGCCGUUGAGGGGAGAGAAUAUUGCCAACUACGCAAACUUCCGCCGUACUUCCAUCAUCGGUACCAUUGGUCCUCGAACGAAUUCCGUCGAGAAGAUCAAUAUCCUUCGCCAAGCCGGUCUUAAUGUUGUUCGCAUGAACUUUUCCCAUGGCGAUUACGACUAUCAUCAAUCCGUCAUCGAUAAUGCUAGAAGGGCAGAACAAGUUCAGGAAGGCCGCCCUCUUGCUAUCGCCUUGGAUACCAAAGGACCUGAGAUCCGAACCGGGAAAACACUCGAUGGCAAAGAUAUCAAAAUAACUGAAGGGACGGAGUUGAUUAUUACGUCGCAUGACGAUUAUGCGGAGAAGAGUGACAUCAAUCACCUAUACGUCGACUAUAAAAACAUCACCAAGGUGAUCUCGAAGGGUAAGCUCAUAUACGUGGACGACGGUAUCCUAUCCUUCCAAGUCCUCGAGAUCAUAGACGACAGCUCCCUGCGCGCCAAAUGUCUGAACAACGGCGUCAUCUCCUCCAAAAAGGGUGUUAACCUGCCCGGCACCGACAUUGAUCUCCCUGCCCUCUCCGAGAAGGACAAGGAGGAUCUCCGCUUCGGUGUGAAGAACAAAGUCGACAUGAUCUUCGCCUCCUUCAUCCGCCGCGCCUCCGACAUCCGUGACAUCCGCGCCGUCCUUGGCGAGGAAGGCCGCGAAAUCCAGAUCAUCGCCAAGAUCGAGAACGAGCAGGGCGUCAACAACUUCGACGAGAUCCUCGACGAGACCGACGGCGUCAUGGUCGCGCGCGGUGAUCUGGGCAUCGAGAUCCCCGCCUCCAAAGUCUUCAUUGCGCAGAAGAUGAUGAUUGCCAAGUGCAAUAUCAAGGGCAAGCCGGUCAUUUGCGCAACGCAGAUGCUCGAGUCGAUGACAUAUAACCCGCGCCCGACGCGCGCGGAGGUCUCGGAUGUCGCCAAUGCGGUCCUGGAUGGCGCGGACUGUGUCAUGUUGUCUGGCGAGACGGCUAAGGGCGAUUAUCCCAAGGAGGCGGUUUCAAUGAUGCAUGAGACGUGUCUGAUUGCGGAGGUUGCCAUUCCGUAUGUCAAUGUCUUUGAUGAGUUGCGGAACCUGGCGCCGCGACCGAUGGAUACCGUCGAGUCCAUUGCCAUGGCAGCCGUCUCCGCUAGCUUGGAACUGAAUGCGGGGGCUAUUUUGGUUCUUACGACUAGCGGCCACUCCGCCCGCCUGCUCUCUAAAUAUCGCCCCAUCUGCCCCAUCAUAAUGGUAACCCGCAACGGAAUGGCCGCUCGCUACUCCCACCUCUAUCGCGGCGUCUACCCCUUCAUCUUUCCCGAAAAGAAACCCGACUUCAACCAGAAGAACUGGCAGGAGGACGUCGACAACCGCCUCAAGUUCGGCAUCGCAAAGGCCAUCCAGCACCAGGUGCUGUCGCUCGGCGACUCGGUUGUGUGCGUGCAGGGCUGGCGCGGUGGCAUGGGCCAUACGAAUACCAUCCGUGUCGUGCCGGCGGAUCCGAGGAAUUUAGGGCUGGCGGAGGCGUGAGGUGGUUUGAUGGUGUGAUGGUGAUGGGCCCCCCCCCCUUUUGCAGGGUCUUUUUUCUUUCAUGAUGAUAAAUAAUCCAAUCGAUGGGUGAUGUUAGAUUUGGUUUGUUUUAUUUUCUUUCAUGUUUUUCUAGUUAAUUCUUUUCACUUUCUUGCUUUGCUGCUUCCUCCCAAAAAAAAAAAAAAAAAAAAAAAAAAAAAAAAAAAAAAAUACAUAGUACUUAAUGAAAAAUUUGGUUUCUGGUCAGUCUGGGAUGAUAAUUAAUGGUUCCCGCUUUUUCUUUUGCGGUCUUUAUUGUUUUUUAAGGGUUAUUAAAAAAAAAAAAAAGAAGAGAAAGAGAAGUACUUGUGAAGCCUAGCUUCCCCAAUGAAAGAAGUGUUCCAGCUAUCUGAUAAUAUAUGGGAAGAUCGUUUUUAUUUCGCCUUCUCUCAAUGCUUGAUUCCUAUUCAAUAAGUUAUGUUUAUACUAGUUGGAAUACAAAAAAUUAAGCCAGGUAAAAGAAUACAAAAAUAGUUACCAAUAUCUUGCACUCCUCCCCCCCC